AUGACAGAUAAACUUCCACCUAAUUUACUUAAAUUAUUUGCACCUCGUCCACCUUUACCUUAUACGCCUCCCCUUGAUAAAGAUCCAGAGAAGCGUGUGGGCUGCAUUGUUGAUGGCAUCGCGUCUUACGCACCUCUCUUAAAAGACUACGAUGCAGACUACGUACCUUGGAAAUCAUUGGAAGAAAAGCGCAAAGAAAAGGCUGAAGCGAAAAAGAAAAGAGCAGAAGAAGCUUUACAGGCCGCAUUAGCUCAAUAUGAUCCCGAAAAAGAUGAACAUAUUGACGGCGAUCCUUUCAACACUUUGUUUGUAACUCAUUUGAGUCCUGAAUUAACAGAGAGUGACUUGACCAGAGAAUUUGAACUGUAUGGUCAAAUUAAAAAGGUGCGUCUUAUUCAUGAUAAGGAAGGCAAAUCUCGUUGUUAUGCUUUUAUAGAAUUCGAGAGAGAAAAGGACAUGCGAGCCGCAUACAAGGAUGCGGAUGGUUUAAAGAUCUUGGGACGUCGCAUAUUGGUUGAUGUUGAACGUGCUCGUACUGUCAAGGGAUGGAAACCUCGUCGAUUAGGCGGAGGUCUUGGUGGUAGAGAACAAAAGUCUUCUUCUGUUCAACACAAUAAUAAUAGCAGUAGUAACGGUAUGCGUAAUUCUAGCCGCGAUAAAUACAGCGAUAGUCGUGAUCGUCAUAGUAGACAACCUAGUGGAUACAGAAGAGAUGAUGAUAGAAAGAGAUCUCGUAUGCGUUCGCGAAGCAGAAGUCCAAAACCUUUCAAGGACCGUCCUUAUAGCUCUUCUUCAGGUCGCAGAGAUAGAUCGAGAGAUCGUAUGGGUAGUAGCAGCAGAAGAGAUAGAUAUUAA